CUCCCGCUCCGCUCCGCUCCCGCUCCCUCCGCACGCACAUUGUCCGGGCGCGGCGGCGGUACAGCGCCCCGGCGCCCCGUGCCAAUGCGGGGCGGGCGCGGCACGCCGGGGGCGCCUCCACCACCGCGGUGGAAACUUCCCCUCGCCGCCGGGCCGACGCGCGGCUGAAGCCCCCGGCGGGGAGGAGCGGAGCGGGGUUUCGCCCGCCUGGAGGGGCGCCUCGUCUAGUUUGGUUUUUCCUACGUUGGAAGGGCAAAAGCGAGUAAUACUGUUACCCGGCUUUAAACUUCCGUGCCCCGCUCUCCAGGACGCGCAUCCCGCCCGGCGGGGUGGACGAGCCGGGGGACUUGAACCAUUCCCAGACGAGAGGACCCUGUUUCUCUGUGGAAGCUCAUUAGCCAUCCAGAGGGUGGUGGUGCUCCUGGAAGUCCUGAGCUGGGGUCAGCUGGAAGAUGACCGAAUACAAGCUGGUGGUGGUGGGAGCAGGUGGUGUUGGGAAGAGUGCUUUGACGAUACAGCUCAUUCAGAACCAUUUUGUUGAUGAGUAUGACCCCACGAUAGAGGAUUCCUACAGAAAGCAAGUAGUCAUUGAUGGAGAAACCUGUUUGUUAGACAUCUUGGACACUGCAGGGCAGGAGGAGUACAGUGCCAUGAGAGACCAGUACAUGAGAACGGGGGAAGGAUUCCUGUGUGUCUUUGCCAUCAACAACACCAAGUCCUUUGAAGAUAUUCACCAGUACAGGGAGCAGAUCAAGAGGGUGAAAGACUCAGAUGAUGUUCCCAUGGUGCUGGUGGGGAAUAAAUGUGACCUCCCUGCCCGGACAGUGGAGACCCGGCAAGCGCAGGACCUGGCCCGGAGCUAUGGGAUCCCCUACAUAGAAACAUCUGCCAAAACCAGACAGGGCGUUGAGGAUGCCUUCUACACCUUGGUGCGGGAGAUCCGGCAGCAUAAGCUGCGCAAGCUGAAUCCCCCGGAUGAGAGCGGCCCCGGCUGCAUGAACUGUAAAUGUGUGGUAUCGUGACAAUGCUGACUGGACCGUGUCUUGGUGAGGUUCCCACUGUGCAGUGCGCAAGGAAAGAGGUGAAGCGAAGGAAGAAGCAAACGGAUUCAGAGGAGGAGUAUGGGGGGGAGAGGAGGAGGAAGAGGACAGGGGGAGCAUGAGCCCCUCCAAGGACUAUCUCGCACUUCACCCAAGCCUGCGGCAAACAACUUUUUUUUUUUUUUUUUUUUUUUUAUCCCCAUCCCCUCAUCCUUUGGCCUCCUUCCACCCCGGCAACUGUACAAAGCCACAGAUUGAAUCACAGUAAAUUAUUAUUUGAUCGUCUCAACAAA